CCCUACGGCAAACCGCUAAAUCCUAAACCAGGGGCUGCACUUAUUGUCAGUGAAUGAUGGCGGAGCUGGGUGGCUUGUCAUCAUUCUCGAAAAUUCUGAGGCUAGUGAGCUCGCUCUCCCUCUCCCCCUCGCCUUAUUUUCCUUUUCGCCACUGCGGGGACGUUUUCUAAUUGCAGCUUCCCUUUCCCCGACACACACAGACAGGAGCUGGUGGCUUGCAGACUGCAGUCUGUCUGGAGCUAGAGAGGCAGAGCUAGAGGCAUUCCGUGGAGAUAAUGCUCCGGGAGAAGGAUUCCGCAGCAAUCCUCAAAGACUAGAAUUGGUGGUACUGCAGCACAAGCACUGGUAAUGGUUUGAGGUUUUAAAAUUUUUAUUUUGCUUUAUUUUUCACCCUUCUCUCGAAGGAUCUGCUUUACGGGAUCUCAAGUAAAAUGCUUUAACAUUCAUUACUGAGCUUCUAAAAAUUCAAGCACUGCAUUGUUUGUACUACAGAUCUCAAGACAUAGAUUUAUUGUCUGGAUAUAAAGAAGGCAUUUGGUUACUGAAAGAAGCCAGAACUUAUCAACCCUUUGAGAACAUAACAAAACGAACUUUACCAUUUUACUACUUCCUUGAAUUGGAGAGUCACUGGGUAUUGAAGAAUGGCAGAUGAUCGGAAAGAUGAUGCAAAGGUACCUCACUGGACCUCAGCUCAACUAACGGAGGCUUCAGCACACCCACAUCCACCUGAGAUUAAGGAUCAGGGCGGGGCAGGGGAAGGACUUGUCAGAAGUGCCAAUGGAUUCCCAUACAGAGAGGAUGAAGAGGGCGCCUUUGGAGAACAUGGGUCACAGAGCACUUACUCGGAUACCAAAGAGAAUGGGAUCAACGGAGAGCUGACCUCAGCUGACAGAGAAACAGCAGAGGAGGUGUCUGCAAGGAUAGUUCAAGUAGUUACUGCUGAGGCUGUAGCGGUCCUGAAAGGUGAACAAGAAAAAGAAGCUCAGCAUAAAGAUCAGCCUGCAGCUCUUCCUUUAGCACCUGAAGAGACAGCUAAUCUGCCUCCUUCUCCACCCCCAUCACCAGCCUCAGAACAGACUGUCCCAGUGGAAGAAGAAGAAGAAACGCUAGAGGGUCCAAUGGCUGAGGAAGAGAAACCUGUCACUCUUCCUGAGAAAGAGUGUGGGGCUGCCAAGGCCUCAGACCAGCCUAAGGGCCCCAGUGAGGGCCAAGCGGAGUCUAGUGCGGAGGUCCAAGUAGUUCCCGAAGACAGUGCCCCAGCAGGGGCCCCGCAGGAGAAAAGUGUAAAAGAGGUCACCGAGGUGUCUGCAGAAGUAAAAACCCCUUCCUCUGCCAGGGAAGGUGUACUUACAGCCUCGAAGAUGGAGUUCCAUGAUCAACAGGAAUUGACUCCCUCUUUAGCUGAGCCGUUAGACAAGAAGGAGUCAGAGAAACAGAUAAAGCCUGGUGAAGACCUUAAACAUACUGCCUUAGUUUCUCAGCCUGAGACAAUUAAAACUUCCCCUGAUAAAAAGGACAUGCAAGGUGCAGAAGAAGAAAGAGCACCACUCACUCUGUUUGGGCACGCUCUUGGUUCUGGCCUAGAAGACACAAAACAGAAGACAGAACCAAGCCUGGUAGUACCUGGUAUUGGUCUCCCUGCAGAAACCCCAGCUCCAAAAGAGCAAAAGAACUGGUUCAUCGAAAUGCCAAUGGAAGCAAAAAAUGAUGAGUGGGGUUUAGUUGCUCCAAUAUCUCCUGGCCCCCUAACACCCAUGAAGAAAAAAGACGUACUUGAGGAUAUCCCAAAAUGGGAAGGGAAACAAUUUGAUUCUCCCAUGCCAAGUCCCUUUCAGGGUGGAAGCUUCACUCUUCCUUUAGAUGUCAUGAAGAAUGAAAUAGUUGGAGAAGUAUCACCCUUUGCUGCUGCCCUAUUACAACUAAGUGAUAAAAAGUCUCUUGAAAUCAGUGGCCCAGUGACUGCCAAAGACAUUGCUAAAGUUGAAGAGCCCCAUAAGGAUAAACCUGACAAAAUGGCAGACGCACCAGCCUCAGAGGCAACGAUGUCACCUAAAGUUGCCCACAUUCCGAUUGUGGAAGAAUGUGUCCCAGAGAAAGUUUUAGGAGAAGAAAAAGGAGCAAUGAAGCAAGAGAGUGUGCAGAAAAAAGAGACAUCCACCCUUAGUGGACAGGAAUCUACACUUACUGAAAAGGAACCUCAGCUAAAGCUUGAAGAAAAAACAACUAGUUCUGACAAGGAAACCAUGCCAAAAGAGAGUGAACCCCCAAAAUUGACCGGUAAAGAAACAGGCAUAAUUCAGCCCUCCAUAAAGCACACUUUCUCAGAAGAAGAACAGAAAGGCCAAGAGCCUACCACGAAUGCAUCAAAACAGGAGUCAUCCCCUGUAAGUCUGGAGCAAACAGUUACAAAUACAGCCAUGGCCUCUACGACACUGGAGAACGUCAGGAAGGAACCAGCCGCACUAAGUGAAAAGAGUGCAAUCGAGGACCUUUUUGAAGAAAAAGUUGCUGACAAAGAUAAUAAGGUUGAAGGAGUUGGGGCUGCAACAUCUGCUGAGCUUGACAUGCCAUUUUACGAAGAUAAAUCAGGCAUGUCCAAGUACUUUGAAACAUCUGCCUUGAAAGAAGAAGUGACAAAAAGCAUUCAGCCAGGCAGUGAUUACUAUGAACUGAGUGACACAAGAGAAAACGCCCAAAAGUCUUUUGAUACUGUGUCUCCCAUGUAUAAAAAUGGCGACAAGGGACUUCAGGCAGGUAAAGAAUCCCAGCCCAAUGCUGCAGCCCAAGAAGCAGGGUAUAGCACUUUUGCAAAGAGUUAUCCAUCUGAUUUACCUGAGGAACCUAGUUCUCCUCAAGAAAGAAUGUUCACUAUUGAUCCAAAAGUGUAUGGGGAGAAAAGGGAUCUCCACAGUAAGAAUAAGGAUGAUUUGACACUAAGCAGGAGUUUAGGACUUGGUGGCAGGUCUGCAAUAGAACAAAGGAGCAUGUCAAUCAAUUUGCCCAUGUCUUGCCUGGAUUCCAUAGCCCUUGGAUUUAACUUUGGUCGGGGGCAUGAUCUCUCUCCGUUGGCUUCUGAUAUCCUGACCAACACUAGUGGAAGUAUGGACGAAGGGGAUGAUUACCUUCCAGCCACUACACCUGCACUGGAGAAAGCCCCUUGCUUCCCAAUAGAAAGUAAAGAGGAAGAAGAACAGAUAGAGGGAGAAAAAGCUACUGGAGAGCCAAGCACUCAAGUCGAAACAUUGUGUGAGUCGCCUUUCCUAGCCAAAGAUUAUUACAAAAACGGUACUGUCAUGGCCCCUGACCUGCCUGAAAUGCUAGAUCUGGCAGGAACAAGGUCAAGACUAGCUUCUGUGAGUGCAGAGGAGGCGGCCAGGCGGAAGUCAGUCCCAUCAGAGACUGUGGUUGAGGAGAGGAGUACUGGCUUGCCCCCUGUCGCAGAUGAAAAUCACAUCAUCGUUAAAACAGACAGUCAGAUCGAAGACCUGGGCUACUGUGUGUUCAAUAAAUACACAGUCCCACUUCCAUCACCUGUUCAAGACAGUGAGAAUUUAUCAGGAGAGAGUGGUUCCUUUCAUGAAGGCACUGAUGAUAAAGUGCGAAGAGAUUUGGCCACAGACCUUUCAUUGAUUGAAGUAAAACUGGCAGCUGCUGGAAGAGUCAAAGAUGAGUUCAGUACUGAGAAAGAAGCGUCCCCACUUGUCUCUGGUGACAAAUCAGGACUGAGUAGGGAGUUUGAUCAAGAGAGGAAAGCUAAUGAGAAGCUGGAUACUGUACUAGAAAAGAGUGAAGAACAUGCUGAUUCAAAAGAACAUUCCAAGGAAACAGAAGAUAACAUUGAAACAUUUGGAUUAGGAGUAACCUACGAGCAUGCUUUGGCCAAAGAACUGACAGUGUCAAAGGAUGCAUCACUUCUCAUGGCUGAGAAAGCAGAGAAAAGUCUUAGUUCAGUGCCAGAGGUAGCUGAGGUAGAACCACCCAAGGAAGCUCACCCAGAACUGGAUUUCAGUGCAAAGAAAGCUAACCAAGGUCAAUUAGAUAUUAAAAUCAGUGACUUUGGACAAAUGGCCUCGGGACUAACCAUAAAUGCUGGACAAGCAGCAGAGCUUAAACUCGAAGCUACACAGGUUCUCACUCCCUCAUCCACAGCACCUCAGGAUGCAGAUAUGUUUAUGGGUGUUGAGUCUGGCCACAUGAAAGAAGGCACCAGAGUCAGUGACACUGCAGAAAUCAAGGAGAAGGUGGCCAAGCCUGACUUGGUGCAUCAGGAAGCUGUAGACAAAGAAGAAUCCUACGAGUCCAGCGGUGAACAUGAAAGCCUGACCAUGGAGUCCCUGAAGCCUGAUGAGGGCAAGAAGGAAACAUCCCCAGAAUCUUCUCUAAUUCAAGACGAGAUUGCCAUCAAAUUGUCAGUGGAAAUACCUUGUGCACCUGCUAUUUCAGAGGCUGAUUUAGCCCCAGAUGAGAGAGCGGAUGUCCAGAUGGAAUUUAUUCAGCUGCCGAAAGAAGAAAGCAAAGAGACCCCUGGUAUAUCUAUCACACCCUCAGAGGCUACAGAGCCAUUGCUUGAAGGCAUUGGGGCUGAACCAGCAGAAGCUCAGAGUGAGGAAGAAGAGAUAGAAGCCCGAGGAGAAUACGAUAAACUGCUUUUUCGCUCAGACACCCUUCAGAUUACUGACCUGGGUGUCUCAGGUGUCAGGGGGGAAUCUGGGGAGACCUGCCCAGGUGAACACAAAGGAGUGAUUGAGUCUGUUGUGACUAUUGAAGAUGAUUUCAUCACCGUAGUGCAAACCACAACGGAUGAAGGGGAGUCGGGUUCCCACAGCGUGCGUUUCGCAGCCAUAGAGCAGCCUGAGGUGGAAAGGAGACUGUCCCCUCCUGGUGAGGAACAGCUCAAAAUAGAAGAAGCAGCUGAAGCCCAGGCCGAACCCAAGGAUGGCUCCCCAGAAGCUCCGGCUUCCCCUGAGAGAGAAGAGGUUGGGCUCUCAGAAUACAAGGCAGAAACCUAUGAUGAUUACAAAGACGAGACCACCAUUGAUGACUCCAUCAUGGAUGCUGACAGCCUCUGGGUGGACACUCAAGAUGAUGAUAGGAGCAUCAUGACAGAACAGUUAGAAACUAUUCCUAAAGAGGAGAAAGCUGAAAAGGAAGCUCGGAGACCAUCUCUUGAGAAACAUAGAAAAGAAAAGCCUUUUAAAACCGGGAGAGGCAGAAUUUCCACUCCUGAAAGAAAAAUAGCUAAAAAGGAACCUAGCACAGUCUCCAGAGAUGAAGUGAGAAGGAAAAAAGCAGUUUAUAAGAAGGCUGAACUUGCUAAAAAAACAGAAGUUCAGGCCCACUCUCCUUCCAGGAAAUUCAUUUUAAAACCUGCUAUCAAAUAUACUAGACCAACUCAUCUCUCCUGUGUUAAGCGGAAAACGACAGCAGCAGGUGGUGAAUCAACUCAUGCUCCCAGUGUGUUUAAACAGGCAAAGGACAAAGUCUCUAACUCUACCUUGUCAAAGAUUCCUGCCUUACAGGGUAACACAAAGUCCCCAAGAAGCAGCUCAGCCUACCCUAGCGUGACAAAAAGGGCUAUAUUUUCUGACAGUUUUUUAAUACAGCCCACCUCAGCGGGCUCCACAGACCGUUUGCCAUACUCAGAAUCAGGGAACAAGGAUGGAUUAACCAAGAGCCCAGAAAAGCGCUCUUCUCUGCCGAGACCCUCCUCCAUUCUCCCUCCUCGCAGAGGUGUAUCAGGAGACAGAGAUGAGAAUUCCUUCUCUCUCAACAGUUCUAUUGCCUCUUCAUCACGGCGGACCACUAGGUCAGAGCCCAUUCGCAGAGCAGGAAAAAGUGGCACUUCAACACCCACUACCCCUGGAUCAACUGCCAUCACUCCUGGCACCCCACCAAGCUACUCUUCACGCACACCAGGCACUCCUGGAACCCCUAGCUAUCCCAGGACCCCUCACACACCAGGAACUCCCAAAUCGGCCAUCUUGGUGCCCAGUGAGAAGAAAGUCGCCAUCAUACGUACUCCUCCGAAAUCUCCCGCUACUCCCAAGCAGCUCCGGCUUAUUAACCAACCACUGCCAGACCUGAAGAAUGUCAAAUCCAAAAUCGGAUCAACAGACAACAUCAAAUACCAGCCGAAAGGGGGGCAGGUUAGGAUUUUAAACAAGAAGAUCGAUUUUAGCAAAGUUCAGUCCAGAUGUGGUUCCAAGGAUAACAUCACACAUUCUGCUGGGGGCGGAAAUGUACAGAUUGUUACCAAGAAGAUAGACCUAAGCCAUGUGACAUCCAAAUGUGGCUCUCUGAAGAACAUCCGCCACAGGCCAGGUGGUGGACGUGUGAAAAUUGAGAGUGUAAAGCUGGAUUUCAAAGAAAAGGCCCAAGCUAAAGUUGGUUCGCUUGACAAUGCUCACCAUGUACCUGGCGGUGGUAAUGUCAAGAUUGACAGCCAAAAGUUGAACUUCAGAGAGCACGCUAAGGCCCGUGUGGACCACGGGGCUGAGAUCAUCACACAGUCCCCAGGCAGAUCCAGUGUGGCAUCCCCCCGACGACUCAGCAACGUCUCCUCUUCGGGAAGCAUCAACCUGCUCGAAUCCCCUCAGCUUGCCACUUUGGCCGAGGAUGUCACUGCUGCACUCGCUAAGCAGGGCUUGUGAAUAUUUCUCAUUUAGCUUUGAAGUCAUAAUAUUUAGGCAUGAGCUCUUGGCAGGAGUGGGCUCUGAGCAGGUGUUAUGUUCAUUCCUUACAAACUAUAAAAUAAAUAAUCUCAUUCCCAAACUCUAGUAAUUGUUACAAUUUUAUAAAAAAAAGAAUAGUAUAUGCAGAAAUUGACUUGAUUUUCAUUUGCCACAGGAAGACACUGGCUUUACAUGAAUACAAUUGGACGGUUAUUUUUGCUCUGCUCUGUUUUGCAUGGAGUAUUAUUAUUUUAAAAAUUGCAUUUUUACCUUUCAUGUGCCUGAAGGCUAUCCACUACAUUCUAAAAGGCCUUGUUAAAAUCCAAGCUGCUCAUUUCACUAUUCUGUUGCUGGGUGAAAAGAUAAAAGCUGCCCAUUGUAACUUAUUACAGGUUAAAUUAAAUCAAGGAGUCUGACUGCAGGAAGGGAAGAGCAUGUAAGAAAUAAGUUGUUUUUUUUUUUUUUAAGUGUUAUUUUGUAUAAAUGGGAAGAAAGAUUCAAUUAAGUUAUUAACAUUUGGGACCUGGAUAAUUAUAUCAGAGUAUAAGUCAAUUCAAUAAAUUAUUUAACUAAUUAAAAAAUAGGUACAAAGCAUUUGAGCUGUGGUUGAGGAAGUGGUAUAAAAGUGCUCUAUUAGGAAUGAGGCACUUUCAUUAGGAUGGACUCGUGUCUGAUUAGAAUGUAAGUUGAUCAGCUAGAUUUGUGUCCACACUACCAGUUUCACACCCCCUUUUCAUCUGUUUGAUACAGUAUUAUAGAUAUAAAUAUAUAUAUAUAUUUCUCUGUGGCCAUUUGUGAUACUUCCUCAUAUACUUGAAUAUUAUACUUCCUUAUUCACAGUAUCUGUGUCUCCUGCACCCUUUGGUGUUGCAAUUUUAGGUAUGUGAAAGUAGAUGUUAGCAGGGUUCUUUCCCUAUUUAAAAAAAAAAUACAUUAAAAAAGACAAAAAGUUUUAGCAUGAAGUUGCUUUCUGUAACAACUCAAAGCUGUAACCCUGUUUUAGUGCCAGAUACAAGUCUCUCCCGUGAUGCUAGAAAAAUUUAUUUUUCUUUGCUUUCACCAACAUGGAGUUUGUGGGGGUGGGUCCAGUUAUACAUAAAAGGGUUUACAGAUUGUUGGUUUAAGAUUAUAGAUUUAUCUCAUUUUGAAUCAUGGAAUAGUUUGGGUUUUAUUUCUCCAAUCAUUCAUGAAGGACUUGUUAAGAUUUCUUCUUCCUUUUUUUUUUUUUUUCCAUUUGCUAAAGUUGAAACUAACAGUGAGAAUUUGGGACAUUAUCCCAUUCUUUCAAAUAGUACCAGCUUAUUAAAUUAUCUGAUAGAAGGUAUUUGCCUUCUUUACCCAAAGUAAAGAUCCCUCGACCAGAAAGGAAAAAUGCAGUAUUUUGAGAAGGUAUGGCCACAAAACAUUUGAGAUGCAGAUAUCUAAAUCAGUUUUUUCAGGACUGCAACAUUGCACCCUGUAAAGGAAUACUGUAUGACUUAGCAUUACUAAUCAGUAGAUAAUACUGUUCUAACUUUAGAUACAGUCUAGAAAUCACAAAUCAAUUAAUUAAUUUCUCUCACAAAUCAUUCAUCUUAGACUUAUGAAUAAGCAAUGAAUUAGUCAAUGGCCUGAAUAAGGCAAUGAGUUACCAGGCUGAGUGGAUGUAUUCUAGUAUUUUAUCUAUUUUUUUUCUUGCUCAGGGCUAGUGGGUUGGAUCUGAACAGUUACAGGCAGAUGAUCUGGUAGGUAUUUGAGCCAAAUCAGUUCCUGAAUAUAAGGGAAGAAAUGAUGAGCAUGGAUGAGGCAAAAAGGAAGUACAGUAGCAUUUAAGAAAGAAGCCAAGAGAUGCAAAGACAGAGAGACAUGGAUGCCGUUUUGUGACUCACUGGAUAUUGCAACCAAUUUGAUUUCCACAAAAGAAACUCUAAGAGCAAAUGUGUACCAUUCAUUCUCAACUAAGAGGUUUUACAUAGGCAAACAUGUCUGGAACUAUUUAUAAAUCAGUUAUUUUAUACAACAAUCAAAAAGUUAGAAACUACUAAAUAGGACUGUGGAUGUGUCUAUUUCCUGCCUGAUAAUUGCUGUGAAGUUUGAUUUGACCAAUCUGGACAUUUUGUCCAUCAGCUUCCCUUGAAAUGUACCAGAAAACAGGAGAAGAAAGAACAAUCAUGAGGGGACUUACGGUAUUUUCUUACAUGUUUGAUAGUGUUAGGUGAUUGACGUUCUCUUGAAAGAAGAAGUUAAUAGCUGGUUAGAACAGGUUUAACAAGUGAAACAAGUAUUUUCAACUUGGUUUAAGUUUUUUUUUGUAAAAAUUAAGAAUAAGUGGACAUGCUCUACAUAUUAAAAUUCAGUUUCUUACAAAGACACAUCCAAAAUAAAGAUUAUAUAAAGCACUGUUAUUGGAUUUGGCGUUAAAACAAAUGUUUAUUUCAAAUGACAGCAAAAUUAUAAGUGCUCUUCCUUUGUAUGGAAAUGUGAUUCUUUAUAUCUUUAUCAGAAAGAAACUGAUCAUUUGUACCAGUAAAAGAGAGAAACAUGCAGGAUAAAUGUCUUCUUAUGGGGAUAAGUGGUGGAACCCAUCUUGCCUUCACUCUCAAGAUUAACGGCACAAAUUAAGCUUUUUGAGCACCACUCUGUGGGGACAUCCAUACGCUGAUCUAGAAAUUAAAGCUUCAUAGUUCCAAUUCUAGAUCUAUCAAUGCCAGUUUCUCUCUCGCUUUAGCCUUUGAGAACCUGUUUAAAGAUACAUGAGUAAUCCAGAGCUGUGAAGAGUUAAAAGGCCAACUUCAAUGAAUUCAUCUCUCUGGGUCGCCUGCAACCAAUAAUUGAAUACCUUACAAUAAUGCAGGAAAGAUCCGAGUUUAUGAUGAGUUUCAAAGGCCAUGUUCACUUAGGAACCAACUCUCUCUGGAUUCUCCUGCUGUGUUCCAGCAGGGUGAUGGGCUGAAAUCCCACCCACAAGCAAGACACCUGUGCAACAUCAACUAGGCAUGGCUGAAGAAGUUAAAGAGAGAACUUUGUUAAAUGGAAAAAUGUACUGAUGGUAGUUGGCCUUCUCCACAUACUCAUAUCAUAAUACAGCAGAAGUGGGAUCACCAACCAAAAUAUAACAUCAUGUCAGUAUUAUUAAAGAAAUAAUCUCAAUAUGGUUGAUUCUGACUUAGCUGUAAUUAUAGUUUUUCUUAUAGUUUUCAUGUCACAAAAGGAGGAAAAUAAACUAUUCAUGGUCUAAGUAGACAAAAAAAAAAAAGUAGAUUCAUGGCUUGGAAAGGCAAAUUCUAGGCAUUCCUUGAAACAUUGAUGUGCUAAAAUCAGCAUUGAUUUUUUUUUUUUUUUUUUUUUUUUUUUACGCCUAGGAUUUUUAGCCUUGGUGUGUAGGUUGAGGCCAAGUCCCUCUGCAGGAAAAAGCUUAUUUUUGAACUCAGAAAAUGUCAAUUAUGAAAAUCUACUUCAACUUUAGCAAAAAGAAAAAAAAAUAUCAACAAAAAGUAUACUCUAUGCUGGGAUUCCAAGGUUCCAACACUCUGCUACAAAUCUGUGGGGGGUUUCUUUCUUCUGAUAAUUCUAGAGCCUGUUACCAUAGAAAGGCAUUUCUUCAAUGGCUGGUUGUAGUUAGUUCAUGUUUUUCAAUCAAAAUUUGCAAAUGUAUUUGUUGCUGUAUAGUGAUUGUUUUGCAAAAUAAAAUUGCUUGUC